UAGGCAGCCCCUGUCACAGAGGAGCCGAGGGAGUUUUAGAGAUCAGAGGCAAAGCAGCAGUUUCUUCUCCUCUGGGAAACCAGAUGACCCUUUUCAAAGUGAUAAUGUAAACAGCUAUCCAGCAACUGGUGGAACCGUGGGAGUUUGAACUAAAAAGUGAAGAAUUCUGCUACAGGAAAAAAAGAUUCCAGUGGCAGAGUGAGUGGGUGUGCGGUUCAGACUCUACAGGAACAUGAGUCUGGUGGAGGUGAGGCAGACGGCGGGGUCCAUGACCCUGUCCCUGUCCAGCAACGACUCCAAGGAGCGCUACUUUGAUCGCAUGGAUGAGAACGACCCGGAGUACCUCCGCUCUCGCAACAUGUCUCCAGACCUGAGGCAGGACUUCAACAUGAUGGAGCAGAAGAAGAGGGUGACCCAGAUCCUCCAGAGUCCAGUGUUUAAAGAUGAGCUGGAAGGCCUGAUCCAGGAUCAGUUGACAAAGGGCAACAACCCCACAGGGCUCCUGGCCCUGAGGCAGAUAGCUGACCUGAUCAUGGGCAACACAUUGGGAGGGGCUGGCCCCUUGACUUCACCCAUCAGCUUGGGAAUGGUGACUCCAGUUAAUGACUUGUAUGGCAUCGAGUCUCCAACUUUUGCCAAAGGGGAGAAACAGAAUCGCUGCAAGCUGGCCAGCCUCUACAGGCUCGUCGACCUCCUCAGCUGGGCUCGUUUUACAAGCUCAUACAUUACUGUGCGUGUCACCAAAGAGCAGGACCACAUUCUUAUCAGCCCACAAGGUCUGUCUUUUGCUGAGGUGACAGCGGCAAACUUGGUCAAAGUAAACAUGAUCGGUGAUGUGGUGGACCAGGGCUCUACCGAACUGGGAAUUGACCAUUUUGGUUUCAGUCCUCAUGCAGCCAUUUACUCCAUGCGCCCUGAUGUGAAGUGCAUCAUACACAUACACACCCCGGCCACAGCUGCUGUGUCCUCUAUGAAAAGUGGAAUCCUGCCCAUUUCCCAGGAUGCUUUGCUUCUGGGUGAUGUGAGUUACUUUGGUUACCACGGCUGCCUGGAUGAUAAAGAGGAGAAGGUGGAGUUCCAGAAAGCCUUGGGCCCGACUGCCAAGGUGAUGGUCCUGAGGAACCAUGGGCUGGUCGCUCUCGGGGAGACUAUUGAAGAGGCUUUCCACUAUGUUUACCACUCACAGCAGGCUUGUGAAAUCCAGGUGAGUGCCCUGAGGUGCUCCGGCGGAGUGGACAACCUCGUGCUCCUGGACAGGGAGAAGUUCAAACCCCUGACCCAGGGAGCGGCCGCCGCCGGGGUGGUGGUGGACAACGAGGUGAAAUGGAAAGUGGGCGAGGCGGAGUUCGAGUCCCUUCUGAGGAUGCUGGACAACCUGGGAUACAGAACCGGCUACUCUCACAGGAACCCCAUUGUGCGGGAGAAACCUCGCUCCAAGAACGACGUGGAGAUCCCUGCCACGGUAUCUACUGUCCCACCAGAGGACGGUGACUUGGGCCUGCGUAGCCCCCUCAAGUUUAUGGCACAGAAACAGCAGAGAGAAAGAACCCGCUGGCUCAACUCACCCAACAGCUACCUGAAGGUCAAUGUGCCUGAACGUUCACCCAGCGGGGAGUGCAGCCCCAGGACCAAGACCACGUGGAUGAAGUCUUCAGAGCCAGGAAACAGUAGCUGCACCCCAAUAAGGAUCGAGGACCCCAACCAGUUUGUUCCACUCAACACUGAUCCCACAGAGGUUUUGGACAAGAGGAACCGGAUAAGAGAACAGCACAGAGGUGACCAGAUGACUCCAGGACCAAAGUCUCAGCUACUGGCAGGCAUUGUUGUGGACACCACACCAGGACCAGCUUUCAUCAUUGAGGAUGAGGAGCAGACUCGCUCACUUCCCCCCAACCCUUUCAGUGGGCUGACAGAGAAAGAGCUGGACGAGUACAAGAACAUAGUGGAGCAAAAGCAGCAACGCCAAGAAGAUGAGGAUGAGGAUGCCACUGAUGCAGAUGAGAUGACCACAUUCGAUGGCUCCACCAUCUCCCUCUCCCUCUCCCCCAUAAUGACUCCCGCUAAGCAAGAGACAAUGCCCAAUGGGAAGGACCACUUGGCAGAGUUAGAGGAGGAUCUGAGCAUCAAGGUUUCCAAGCUGAGCGUCAGCACUACAGAAACGGUUGAAAUCUCCAUAACGACCACGGAGAAGACGGGGGAGAAUCAGACCCCAGAGAGCCAAAGCAAGUCCCCCAAGAAAAAGAAGAAGAAGUUCCGCACCCCUUCAUUCCUGAAAAAGAGCAAGAAAAAGGACAAAGAGAGAGAUAAAGACAAAGAAAAAGUAAAAGAAAAGGACAAAGAGAAAGAAAAAGAGAAGGACAAAGAGAAAGAAAAAGAGAAGGACAAAGAGAAAGAGAAAGAAAAAACAGAGGCAUAAUUUCAUAAACUGAAUAAAUAUCAGCUUCGCUAGGAAACAUGAAUUGCCCACUUAGUGGUGAUUCUUUUUUGUGCUUCUUUUUUGUUUUUUUGAAACAAAGCGAAAUAACAGAAAUGAUUUAGUAUCAUCUAGUAAUAAAUAAUAAUCUCCCUGGACAGUCACUUUUUUUCUCACUUGGACCCGGCCAAUUUGUGAGAAGAGUUUUUGUCCUUCCUUUGCUUCCUUUGUCACACACAUCUUUGAUCCAGGUGAAAGCUUUUCCACCAUGUGCCAGCAGAUGGUAAUAUGGAUGUUUUUUUUUUGUUUUUUUUCCUGAGAGCUUUUUGUAGUUGACCACUUGUUAAAGUGAAUAUAAGUGAAAGGUAAUUGUGAGACUGCAUAUUUUUACUACCCAUAUUAUUAUUGGGCUUUAGUGAAUGGAUGCUAUAAGACACUAAGAGCGUUUUCAUAGAUAUAUCAAAUUUUGGCCUGAUAGGUAUAUGUGAUUUUUUUUUCCUAUAUUCCAUUUUUGAAUGUAUAGUGAAAGGUAAGAAAUUUGUCAAACAAUAUCUGAAGUUGAGCCUUAAGCAGUACGAUUUCUAUCUGGACCUAUUCACAGUUAUGCUAUCUUGUAAUAAUAUAUGUCGGUUUAUAUAACAGGUAAUACGAUGCUGUGUUGGAUAGUUCAAUACAAGAUUUCAUAUUCUUUCCAUACUUAUGAUUAUUUCAUCAGACCUAUAAUUGGUAAUGCAUAAAAUAAUUCAUGUCUGGCAUGUUUUUCCAAUAAUAGUGAUGUUUUCCCCAUGGUUGCUGCUUAAUUGUAAUUGUACAAGGAACUGACUGUGAUUAACUGGGAAUGAGUUAAGGCACGUGUUGGCCUCUGACACAGUUUUCAUAUUGGUGGUUAUGAAUCUGAAGGUAAAUUAGUACAAGUAGAAUAUGGAUGUGACUUGAUAGUGAAAUGUGCCAAGCCUGAAAUGCGCAAGUUGACUGUUGUGAUGGCUAUUUUGACUAACAGUGUCCAAAUAGUAAGUUGCUGGCAAUAUGUUGUGUUUUAUUUUAUUUUAUUUUUUUGUAGCCACUAUUUGAGAUUGAUAUAAAGUAUUUUAGAGGACCAUAUAUUAACAAUCCAGUCAAUAAUGUGAAUGAUUUUCUUCAAUCCUAUGGGAGAAAAUUCUUUGCCUUUGUAAAUAAAAUGUCUUUUUUUGUGUGCCGUUUUUUGUAACGUUAAACCAAAAUGAGGGUAUUAAUGAUGAAAUCUAGAAAUGUGACACUACAAUCUAAUAUCAAUAUUCUAACAUUACUUUUGUCAUAGUUCUUUUCACUGUAGGCUCCUUAUUUACAUUAAUACUGAGUAUACAUCAUGUUUACAGAUUGUAUUACUAAUGUCGUGUGUGCGCAUAGUGCUUGUGUUUUCACGGUUGUUUACAUUGCUCCUUGUAUAGCCUGGGCGUUUGCAUAGGGCGUGGUGCUUUACAUUAUUGCCACCUCGCCUCAGUGCCAGUCCUUUUAAAAUUGCAUUCCACCUAAUGUAAUAAAAACUGGGAUAUGUUUAUUUAA